UCAAGAAACAAAUGUCAAUUGUAUCAGUGAAUUAUGUUCGGAUUCGGUGUUUUGAAAGAUUUGAUAAUAUUCUCAAAUAAUGAAUAAUUUGAAUAGAUAAGUCUUAUCAGUCAAGUUCAACAAUUCUGAGUUAUCAAUAUUACUUGUAACGUUAACAGACUAUUUUAAUUAAAACGCGUAAGUUGACGAAUUCGAAAGAAAGGACAAAUAUGACGGAAUUCGGAUCAGAACACCCUCGGAACUUGAUCCCCGAGCUCUGCAAUCAGUUCUACCACUUGGGAUGGGUGACGGGAACAGGUGGAGGUAUUUCCAUCAAAGAAGGUGAUAAAAUUUAUAUCGCCCCAUCAGGAGUCCAAAAGGAGAGAAUGAAACCAGAUGAUCUAUUUGUUCAAACAAUAAAUGAUGAGGACUUAGAAUUACCACCUCCUGAUAAAAAGCUAAAGAAAAGUCAAUGCACGCCACUAUUCAUGCUUGCAUACAGAGAACGCAAUGCCGGGGCAGUCAUACACACACACUCUCCACAUGCAGUGAGAUGUACUCUGUUGUAUGAUAAGGAAUUUGUUAUCACUCACCAAGAAAUGAUUAAGGGUAUCAAGGACGCCAAGUUAGGACGAUACCUUCGUUACGAUGAGAAAUUAGUCGUCCCUAUAAUAGAAAACACACCAUUUGAGAAAGACCUAGCUGGUAGUUUAGCGGACGUUUUAGCUAAAUAUCCUGGCACUAGCGCAGUACUUGUAAGGCGGCAUGGUGUGUAUGUAUGGGGAGAUAAUUGGCAACAGGCCAAAACUAUGACUGAGUGCUACGAUUAUCUUUUCGAAAUGGCGGUAGAAAUGAAAAAACUAGGCCUCGACCCUACUUUCAAUCCCGAAUCGGUUGAAAAUGGUAAAAGUUAGUGAUGUUUUAAAUGAAACAUAGCA